CAUAGCUGAGAUGGACCUCAACGACGACAAUGUCUUAGGACAUCAAAACAAUGCAAUGAAGCCAUUGAUUGAGAACAGCGGAGAGCCUCCAAGGUAUGUCGAUGAAAUGCACUCACAUGUGUCCCUUUUUUAAUUUGUCCGAUUGGACCUGACAUGAGUGGCGACGGGGUCGAUGUUCCAUCACAAAUACGCAACACGCACAAAUAUCAGCUUGAUUGAGUUCAAUAUACCACUAUAUGAGCGCACACUCAUUGUUUGUCUCAUUUUAAAUGAGCCUUGAAUGAGCCUGGCUGGGUCGAUACUCAUUGUGGAUGAAAUUGAGCGACUUCUAUAUGUCCCUCCGAGGAUGAGACACAUACUACUGAGCUCCGAAACGUUUACUGACUAAAGUUGAAAAGCAGCAAUACCAAAUUCAGUCCAGAAGAACUCGUGUACUACGGUUCAAGUACAAUCGCAUACAAAAAUUCGACUCCCGUACUGCACCCCCAAGCCUCUUCAUCUACUCCGAAGCAGACCCACCCCCGCACAAUUCAACCUGCCCGCCAAUCCGCCCCGCGGCCAAGUACUCCUAGGCUCAAAGUCAUGUCAUAUCAAGGUGUUGAUCUCAUCGCUGAGGCAGGCGAAGCUUCAAGUACAGUUUCUUGGCAUGAGGCACAUCCCAUCUUCGUCAUUAUACUCGUUGGUCCCGAUGAGAUUCCCUUCGGCGUACAAAAAGACCUCCUAUGCUCUCAAUCUCCAUACUAUCGCGAAUACUUCACGAAGAAUGGCGGGGACAAUCAGGUUGAAUUUAUUGUGAAGCUGCCAGACACAACCGUCGAUAUCUUCGGCUGCUUUCAAACUUUCAUAUAUACUGGCAAAGUUUAUGAUAAGGCCCAUGGCAGGGCAAUCCCCGACUAUCAGCUUCUGAUGGGUGUGUGGAAGCUGGCUACAAAAUUGAGAAUGGCUCCCCUACGCGUGGCUGUUCUCGACACGAUGUCUGAGCGCCGUCAGGAGACUUCCUGCAUUCCCGGCACACCGCUGCUCAUCCAAGCUUGGAAGGAAACUCGCGAGGGCAGUGGAUUGAGACACAUGCUGAUCGGUUGGGCUGCAGAGCACAUGCGUACUUCCCCUGAGGCUCGCAACGCAUUCGCCAAGUCCCUACCUCACGAAAUCCUCAGCGAACUCGUCGUCGUAAUGAGUGAGCUCCCAGCAACUCCAGUCUUUACGCCACAAGCUGUUCGACAUCACCAACCUGCUGUGCAACCGAUUGCACCUCCUCAGAUUGAGCUCGACCCUGCACCUCCCCACCCAUCCAAGAAACGUAGUCGAAAGUCCGAUAUUGGCUCGAGCACCGCCGCAGGUCCUGACGAUCUGUACGAAAUCAAGCCAGUAGCCAAGAAGCAAGCACGCCGCUCCGAGCCCAUGCGCCGGAAGAGCAAAGCCCAAAUCUCCUCUUCCGACGGCGCCCCACUGUCUCCCGAAGCAGACCUCGAAUACUGCCGCGGUAUGAUAUCUCGUAUGGUUCUUGGCCCCGGUUACUGGACACGACUCGUCAAGGCAUUUAAGCACCCUGUUGAUCCCGUCGCCGACAAUGUACCCAAUUACCUGGAAAUCGUCAAGAAACCGAUGGACCUGACGACCAUCAAGGGUAAGAUGGAGAAGAACGAAUAUACCACUGCCACCGAAUUUGAGGCAGAUGUCCGCCAGAUCUUCAAGAACUGCUACGAUUACUGGAAGGAGGGCGAUCCUAUCUUCACCCAGUGCCAGAAUCUCGAGAACUACUUCAACCAGCAGUGGAACACGAGACAUAAAUACGCGCCUAGCAUCAAGCAUGAGGUGGCCGAUUAAGUUGUACAACAUACUGAUAACUUGGGGAGUCGAACUUACCUAUUGCUUUUGCGGUAUAGUUUGAUGCCAUCGAUGUCUCAUUUCGGGCAUUGCAGCGGGCGUUAGGCGAUUUGGACGCCAUGGCUUGUCUGGCCAUUGUCUGAUUAGUCUUUUCUUUAUUCUGUAUUUGGCAUUUAGCUUUGCUUGAAGGACAUCAAAUGG